AUGGGACAAACCCUAACCACCCCAUUGAGCCUUACUUUAGACCACUGGCCUGACGUCUGCGCCCGAGCCGACAACCUGUCAGUCGAUGUUCGAAAGAAGAAAUGGGUGAUAUUUUGUUUGUCCAAGUGGCCUACUGUUGAAUCAGAAUGGCCAAGAGAUGGCACUUUCAAUCUCAAUAUUAUUUCCCAGGUUAAGACAAAAGUGUUCAGCCCAGGACCACAUGGACAUCCGGACCAACGCGCCUACAUUGUUACCUGGGAAAGUUUGGCACGUGACCCGCCCCUAUGGGUCCAGCCCUUUGUCAUCUCUAACAUCUCUAACAAACCCCAACCUUCUCUUACCCCUACAGCCCCUAAGGCUCCCCCUCCCCAGGAGAGCCAACCUUUUGUGCCUCUUCCUCCUGCACCUUUCCCUGCCCCACCCUCUUCUUCCCUAUACCCCACCAUUCUUAAGGAGAAGGUUCCCAAAGAAAAACCUCCGAAACCUACCCCUAUGCCCCCUCCCGUCCUUCCUCCGAACCCUGACUCUCCCCUCACUGACCUUCUAUCAGAAGAACCCCCUCCUUAUGCAGAUCCAGAGGAUCCAGAGAGUCCGGAUGGGCCAGGGACUGCAGCAGCAGGUGGACAGCCUGCACAAGUCUCCCCAGCCCCUUCACCCAUGGCGGGAAGACUCCGGGGAAGGCGCGAACCACCCCCUGAUUCCACUGCUCAUGCCCUACCCUUGAGAGAGGGCCCAAACGGCUGACAGCAAUACUGGCCAUUCUCUGCCUCAGAUCUAUACUAUUGGAAACACCAUAAUCCCCCAUUCUCCAAAGAUCCAAUAACGCUGUCUAACCUGAUUGAGUCUAUUUUAGUCACCCACCAGCCCACUUGGGAUGAUUGCCAGCAACUCUUGGAAACCCUGCUGACCUCGGAGGAAAAGCAAAGAGUCUUUUUGGAGGCUUGGAAAAACGUCCCAGGCGACAACGGGAGCCCAACCCUUUUGCCUAACGAAAUUGACGAGGCCUUCCCUCUGACGCGACCUGACUGGGAUUUCACUACAGCUGCAGGUAGGGGACACCUACGCCUCUAUUGCCAGUUGCUAAUCGUGGGUCUCCGAGGGGCAGCACGCCGCCCCACCAAUUUGGCCCAGGUUAAGCAAGUAAUACAGGGAAAUGAAGAGACGCCCUCAGCCUUCUUAGAAAGGCUCAAGGAUGCUUAUAGGAUGUAUACCCCCUAUGACCCUGAAGAUCCAGGGCAAGCUACAAGUGUAUCCAUGUCUUUCAUCUGGCAGUCUAGUCCGGAUAUUAGAAGCAAAUUGCAGAGGCUUGAGGGUCUCCAGGGAUAUACUAUACAAGACUUACUAAAAGAGGCAGAGAAGAUUUUCAACAAGAGGAGAAACAAGGAAUUAACUAGGGUGUUGGCCACCGUGGUUCAGGGACAGAAUAGAGAGGGAGACAGGCAGGGAGAACGACGUAGGGCCAAGGUGGACAGAGACCAAUGCGCCUAUUUCACCUUCCUGGUAGACACUGGGGCCCAGCAUUCAGUCCUGACUCAGACUUCAGGGCCACUCAGCGAACGAUCUGCUUGGGUCCAAGGAGCCACUGGUGGCAAGAGAUAUCGAUGGACAACUAAUCGGAAGGUUCAGCUGGCUACUGGUAAGGUGAUGCAUUCCUUUCUGCAUGUUCCAGACUGUCCCUAUCCCUUGUUGGGUAGAGACCUCCUCACCAAGCUAAGGGCCCAAAUUCAUUUUGAGGACACAGGGGCUAAGAUAACGGGCCCAGAUGGAGGUCCCCUCCAAAUUUUGACCCUCCAGCUGGAGGAUGAAUAUAGACUUUACGAGCCCCCGGGGCAACAGACAAUUGACAUGGCCCCUUGGCUCAAUGACUUUCCAUUGGCAUGGGCAGAGACUGGGGGAAUGGGGAUGGCUAUACAACAACCUCCACUCAUCAUUCAAUUGAAGGCAACAGCUACUCCUGUUUCAAUCAAGCAGUACCCCAUGUCCCAUGAAGCAUAUCAUGGCAUAAGGCCCCACAUAAAAAGACUGCUGGAUCAGGGCAUUCUCAUUCCCUGCCGGUCACCAUGGAAUACCCCCCUUUUACCAGUAAAGAAACCGGGGACUGGGGACUACCGGCCAGUGCAGGAUUUGAGGGAGGUCAACAAAAGGGUGGAGGACAUACACCCCACGGUCCCCAACCCCUACUACCUAUUGAGCACUCUGCCGCCAUCCCACGUUUGGUAUACCGUAUUAGAUUUAAAGGAUGCUUUCUUUUGCUUGCGGCUGCACCCGGAGAGCCAGUCCCUUUUUGCCUUUGAAUGGAAGGACCCAGAUCUUGGACUUUCGGGUCAAUUGACCUGGACACGGCUUCCCCAGGGGUUCAAGAACAGCCCGACCCUCUUUGAUGAGGCCUUACACCGGGACCUGGCAGACUUUCGGGUUCAGUACCCUGCCCUGACAUUGCUCCAAUACGUAGAUGACCUCCUUCUGGCGGCUGCUUCGGAGAAAGAAUGUCAGGAGGGUACAAAGGCCCUCCUACAGACAUUGGGACAAGCAGGCUAUCGGGCAUCAGCCAGGAAGGCUCAGAUAUGCCAGAAGCAAGUCAUUUACCUAGGUUAUCAAUUGAAAGAUGGACAGAGAUGGCUGACCGAGGCGCACAAACAAACCAUCACUAACAUUCCUGCCCCCCGGAACCCCCGCCAGCUAAGAGAGUUCCUGGGAACAGCGGGAUACUGCCGCCUCUGGAUCCCAGGGUUUGCAGAGCUGGCUGCACCCUUGUAUCCAUUAACUAAACAAGGAACAAUGUUUGAUUGGGGGGAGGACCAAUAG